GCGGGACUGCAGUGGUCAUUCAGACACUGGAGGGAACUGACUUGGUGUCACUGACAUCCCCAGUGACACCAACACAGUGAUCAGUGAUAAUAAAAAGCACUGAUACUGUACUAAUGGUACUGGGCAGGAACGGGUUAACAUCUGGGGUGAUCAAAGGGUUAACUGUGUGCUGUUUUACACAAUGUUUUGUGUUUGUGCUUCACUGUAAGCACACUGCUUUGCAUGACUUUGCUGUGUGCAGCCAUGCAAAGCGGUGUGCAGGAGCUGACAGGGAUGAACUGUUUUGUUUACUAACAACACCCUACCCAGAAAUGCAAAAUCAU